AGCUGAAGAAAAGGUUGAUGAUGUUAAAGAGGAAAUAAGAAAACACACGUCUUCUGUUGAAAUGAGUGUGCCAAAAAAGUUAGAAUAUUUUUGGUUGUCUGGUAAAAAGGAAGUAAUUCAAAAGAUCUGUCGUGAUUCUAUAAAAGAGCCUAUAUCUGCCAAUCCUAGUGCUAGGGACAAUAAAACUGGCUUAAGAUGCUCAACAAUGGAUCCAUUUAAUAUACAAUUAGAAAGGAACUUGGGAAUAACACUGAAGUGUCACUUCCCAUUGGAGCCUGAUGAUGAUACGUCUGCCAAAGUACAGCAAAUAAUUCAGAAGCUUUAUGAUAUGCCAAACAAGGAAUAUGAUGACCCUUCAAUCAUGUACAACAUUGAGAUUAUUGAAGAGACCCCUGCUUGGUCAUACACCAUACAAGGAGGGAAUGGAGGGCUAGAUGAUGAUGAUGUGGGUCAGUAUAAAAAGCAUAUUAUUGAUGUCACCAUUGUUGACAAAGAUUUCCGAGAUUGCCAUUUAGUGUCUCCAGAAGUCUUGGAAGCGGAUAUUAUUACAGUACUGAAUGAAGUCUGGACAAAUCAUAUCAUUAGGUCUAAAUUCUAGAUUCUACUAUGGAACCAAAACAAGUGAACCUAAUUUUAAAAUUAAUUUCUUUUGAGAAAAUAGGC